AUGGGGAAAGCAACUUUGAACAAUGCUUCGGUGGAUUUUCUACCUGAACCACAGACAUGGGAGGGUUCUGUUGCAUGCAUUAGCGAAACCACUGCUUCAGCUGCUAGACAACUAGGCUUAACAAGUGUAUAUCGCCCAUCUACCCCUGGUCUUCACGGGCCACUAACAGGAGCAUCAAUGAACUCAGCAAGAACCUUGGGACCAGCAAUAGCUGCAAAUAACUACAAAGGCAUAUGGAUCUACCUUACAGCUCCCAUCCUUGGCGCACUAGCUGGUGCAUGUAUAUACACAGCAGUGAAACUGCCUGAGGAAGAUGAUAGAAGUGGGGAAAUAGAUGAUUCUUUCAUUGCUGACCUGGUGGUUGGUCUUGCCUCUUGUCAAAUCAAAGCAGGCUCUCCUUCUCGUGGAGAGCGCUUAGCCAAGUACAAUCAGGUGUUCCAAACCAAGUUUGCUAAGAUAAGCAUGGGUACGAAUUUCUCAAUCCUUUUACCUAAUUGCUCUCCUCCCAACACUUUUGCGAGAACAUAUGUAUUUAGCUUUCAAGGAGAUGACUGCCUCAUCUGUCGUGGGUCACGCUCCAUAUUACUGCUUGCAGCAGAAGCAGAAAACGGUGCUGAUUUGUUUCUUUCUACUUAG